AAACAACUAUUUAGAUUUGUCAAGUAAAUCAAACAUGUUAUGUACAACUAAGUACAUGUUUUUUUUGUUUAACUAACACCACCAUGUUACCAUUCUCUUUUUUUUAUCCAAAUUCAAUGGCGAAGUCAAAACAAACUAUUUAAAUAAUUAGCCCUUUAAGUCUUUAUUAUUACAAAUCUCUCCGCACUACUUUUUUUUCCAAAUUCAAUGGCGUUAUUAGGAAAAGACAAAACCAAUUAUUUAAACAAUUAGUCCUUUACGACUCCAUUGUUACAAAUUGCCCCCCGCCCUUUUUCCCCAAUUCAAUGGUGUGAUUAAGAAAAGUCAAAACUAACUAUUUAAACAAUUAGCCCUUUAAGUUCCCAUUACUAUAAAUUACCCCUAAUUCAAAGGUGAUUCGGAAAAGUAAAGACUAACUAUUUAAACAAUUAGCCCUUUAAGUUUCCAUAAUUACAAAUAUCCCCUAUCCCUUUAUAUUUCCUCUAUAUUGUCUUCCUCUUAUCUUUCUCUAUUGUUUCGUUUGGUAAAAGACCAUCUUCUGAUUCUUCUCCACCGACUCAUUCAACUACUUUACAAUGACUCGUGGAAAUCAGAGGGAAAAGGAUCGGGAAAGAGCUCAAGCCCGCAGUGGUGGUAAAGCCAAGAAAAACGAUGAUGGUUUGACUCCUGAGCAGCGCCGUGAAAGGGAUGCGAAAGCUCUGCAAGAGAAGGCUGCAAAGAAAGCAGCAAAAGACGCUGCGGGGGGGACCAAUGCUGGAAGUAAGAGUACCAAGAAAUAGAAAGCUAGGUGUUGUUACUUCCAUUGCAGUCAGUAAUUUGUCAUUCCCCUUCUGUUUAAAUGUUGUCCACCUUAUUUAUUUGAUGUCUUGAACGCCCAACCUCAUGAUUAGUGGUUGGGAAGAGGGUCUUGCUAUGUUGUCUGUUUUUGUGAAAGCAUGUCCGUGUUUGAGCUGUUGCAAUACCUGUGUCAAUUGUGCUGAUAGAGAGUUGUAAUGCACUCCGUGCGUAUAAUUUAUGCAAUGGCAAAGGCAGGAUAUAUGUGAUAUCAAUGUUAAUUAGUGGAGCAUUUUGUGUAA